UGCAUCGUAAGCUUUUGGAGAAACCCAACAUGUCAACUACCUUUCCGGGACUAGUCCACGAUGCCGAGAUACGUCACGACGGAUCAAACAGCUACCGUUUGAUGCAGCUUGGCUGUCUGGAGUCCGUAGCCAAUUCCACUGUCGCCUAUUCCUCCUCCUCUCCUUUAACUUACUCCACCACCGGCACAGAGUUUGCUUCCCCUUACUUCUCCACUAACCACCAGUACACCCCGCUCCACCACCAGUCCUUCCACUACGAGUUCCAGCACAGCCACCCGGCAGUCACCCCCGACGCCUACUCUCUGAACUCUCUCCACCACUCGCAGCAGUACUACCAGCAGAUCCACCACGGGGAGCCCGCCGACUUUAUUAACCUGCACAAUGCGCGGGCGCUCAAGUCCUCCUGCCUGGACGAGCAGAGGCGGGAGCUGGGCUGCCUCGAUGCCUACCGUCGCCACGACCUGUCCCUCAUGAGCCAUGGCUCUCAAUAUGGAAUGCACCCAGAUCAAAGACUCCUGCCAGGGCCCAGCCUGGGGCUGGCCACCGCGGGAGCGGACGACUUGCAGGGCUCUGUGGAAGCCCAGUGUGGGCUUGUUCUCAAUGGCCAAGGUGGAGUGAUAAGAAGAGGUGGCACUUGCGUGGUCAACCCCACAGACCUGUUUUGCUCUGUUCCUGGCCGUUUGUCUCUCCUCAGUUCUACUUCCAAAUACAAGGUGACCAUUGCUGAGGUAAAGAGGCGCCUGUCACCCCCUGAGUGCCUCAAUGCUUCACUCCUGGGAGGCAUCUUGAGAAGAGCAAAAUCAAAGAAUGGGGGUCGCUGCCUGAGAGAAAAACUGGACAGGCUUGGCCUAAACUUGCCAGCAGGAAGACGGAAAGCAGCCAAUGUCACCCUCCUUACUUCCUUGGUCGAAGGGGAGGCUUUGCACUUGGCUCGGGACUUUGGCUACACGUGUGAAACAGAGUUUCCAGCCAAAGCAGUAGGAGAACACCUUGCCAGACAACACAUGGAACAGAAGGAACAGACAGCAAGGAAAAAGAUGAUCCUAGCAACCAAGCAAAUUUGUAAAGAGUUCCAAGACCUCCUGAGCCAAGAUAGAUCACCACUGGGAUCCUCCAGACCCACUCCAAUUCUAGACCUUGACAUCCAGAGACACUUGACACAUUUCAGUUUGAUCACUCAUGGCUUUGGGACUCCAGCAAUAUGUGCAGCUCUAAGCACUUUCCAGACAGUCCUCAGUGAGAUGCUGAACUACUUGGAAAAACACACUUCUCACAAAAAUGGUGGAGCGGCAGAUUCUGGCCAAGGACAUGCCACCUCGGAGAAAGCCCCCCUGCGGAAAACUUCAGAAGCUGCCGUGAAAGAGGGAAAAACAGAAAAGACAGACUAGCUACAUCAAACAGAAUCUAUUUCCAGAGAGUCUUGCUGCUGAUAUUUUUUCUAAUAUAUAUAUCAUUGAGGGUGACUAAUCUUCGGUGGACCAAAUAACUACCCUCCCCCAACCCUACGUUUGAAAAAAAAGUGGAAAUGAAACAUAAAACAAAAAAAGGACAAAUUCAUAAAAAAAAAAAAAAAGAAA